AGAGAGUGUCAUUGGAAAUGCUGGGGUGUCCAGCGAGGUUAUUUUUGGACCAGUGACAGCGUGUCAAUGGCUGAAGAUGCGUCGCAAAGGCAGGCUCUGAGAUACCAGCAGACCCUGCUGUACGGCGAGUACAGGGAGCAGCUGGGGAACUUCGCCCGACGGGAGGCAGCACGGUUGCUGACAGAGAGACAAUGCAAGAGGCAGGCGGGGGGGAACAGCUCGGGCCGCAGAGGGCUGGGCCGGCGGCACCACCCCCCCACAUCCCUGCAGUCACAUCCCAGCCACGUGUCCUCCACCAAGAAGCCUCGGCCAUACUCCAAAUGCCAAGAUUGUUUUGCUCGUGUGCGGCGGUACAUCGUGACGAAGAUGGGGGAGGACUGGAUCUUCCUGGUUCUGCUCGGCCUCACCAUGGCUCUGGUCAGCUGGAGUAUGGACUACACCAGCGCCAAGAGCCUGCAAGCCUAUCAGUGGGUGUACGUGGAGCUGAAGGACAACGUGCUGCUGCAGUACCUCGCCUGGGUCACGUAUCCCAUGAUCCUCAUCAUGUUCGCCUCGCUCUUCUGUCACCUGGUUUCUCCACAGGCCAUCGGUUCUGGUAUCCCCGAGCUGAAGACCAUCCUGAGAGGAGUGGUCCUGAAAGAGUAUCUGACGCUCAAAGCCUUCGUGGCUAAAGUGGUCGGGCUGACGGCCGGCCUCGGCAGCGGGAUGCCAGUCGGAAAAGAGGGUCCGUUCGUGCACAUCGCCAGUAUCUGUGCUGCAGUGCUGAGUCAGUUCAUGUCCAUCUUCUCCGGAGUGUAUGAGAACCCUUAUGGUUACACAGAUAUUCUGACUGUUGGCUGUGCCGUGGGGGUGGGAUGCUGUUUCGGCACUCCUCUCGGAGGGGUGUUGUUCAGUAUUGAGGUCACGUCUACCUACUUUGCGGUGAGGAAUUACUGGCGGGGAUAUUUUGCCGCCACAUUCAGCGCCUUCAUAUUCAGAGUGCUCUCUGUGUGGAACAAGGAUGCUGUCACCAUCACAGCUCUCUUCAAAACGAACUUCAGGAUGGAUUUCCCCUUCGACCUGCAGGAGCUGCCUGCAUUCGCAAUCAUAGGGAUCUCGUGUGGCUUCCUGGGAGCGUUCUUCGUCUACCUGAACAGACAGGUGGUCCUGUUCAUGAGGAGACCCACAGCGCUCACACGCUUCCUCACCAGACAUCGUCUGAUCUAUCCAGGUGCAGUGACGCUGAUCAUCGCCACCUUAACGUUUCCUCCUGGAUUUGGACAGUUCAUGGCUGGAGAGCUGAUGCCCAGAGAGUGCAUCAACUCCCUGUUUGAUAACUUCACCUGGACCAAAAUCACAGGAUCUGUGAAUCCUCCCGGCCUGGGUCGCUCCGCCGCGUGGCUUCAUCCUCACGUCAGCGUCUUCGUCAUCCUCAUCCUCUUCAUCAUCAUGAAGUUCUGGAUGUCAGCAGUUUCCACCACCAUGCCCAUCCCCUCCGGAGCCUUCAUGCCAGUGUUCAUAUUAGGAGCUGCUUUCGGCCGCCUCGUAGGAGAGAUCAUGGCCACGCUGUUCCCCAACGGGAUCCUGUUUGAUGGGAUCGUGUACCGCAUCCUGCCGGGAGGAUAUGCCGUCAUCGGUGCAGCAGCGAUGACGGGAGCUGUCACUCACACCGUCUCCACCGCAGUGAUCUGCUUCGAGCUGACGGGGCAGAUCUCUCACAUCCUGCCCAUGAUGGUGGCCGUCAUCCUGGCCAACAUGGUGGCUCAGGGUCUGCAGCCGUCACUCUACGACUCCAUCAUCCAGGUGAAGAAGCUGCCCUACCUGCCUGAGCUGGCCCUCGGGCACGUCAGUAAGUACAACAUCUUCGUGGAGGACAUCAUGGUGCGCAAGGUGAAGUUCCUGUCUUCUCACUCCACCUAUCGGGAGCUGAACGUCCUGCUGGACACCACGUCUCUGAAAACCAUCCCGCUGGUCGACUCUAAAGAAUCCAUGAUCCUCCUGGGCUCCAUCGAGAGGACGGAGCUCCAGGCCAUCUUGGACUGGUGGCUCUCUCCGGAGAGGCGAGUCUUUGAGAGAGGUCAGAGUUCACCGGGAUCCAAAGUCAGCUGGGAGUCGUUCAGCUUCGUGGACGAGGAGGGCGGAGAGCAGAGCGCAGACAAGACUGCUCCAGGUCAGGAGGAGCUUAACGGACCCCUACAGACUCCCAGAGCUCAGGAGCCCUCCACCAACCACUCAGACUCAGACAAGCGCAGGCUGCCAUCUGUCAGAGGAGCUCUUCAGAGGCUCUUCUCCUCCACCUCUCUGUCGGGUCAGGCUGAACCUCAGGAGACCCCCACCCCAACACUGACGGACCCCAUGUCUCCAGAGGAGAUUAAAGCGUGGGAAGAGGAGGAGCUGGAUAAACCAAUCGAUAUGGAGCAGAUCCGGAUAGACCCCUCCCCCUUUCAGCUGGUGGAGAGGACCUCGCUGCACAAGACCCACACCCUGUUCUCUCUGCUGGGGCUCAGUCACGCCUACGUCACCAGUAUUGGGAAGCUGGUGGGCGUCGUGGCACUCAAAGAGCUACAGAAGGCGAUCGAGGGCUCCACUCGCAGCGGGGUGAGGCUCCGCCCCCCUCUGGCCAGCUUCAGGGACGCCAGCAGGAAAUCCAAGAAGCACCAACUCCCCCCGUCCACCCCUUCCUCCCCCACCCGGGACAGAGACCUGUGGGGGGGGGAGGGCAGCCGGAGGGAGGAGGGGGAGCUGGUGAGGAGGGAGUCCAAGGAGGAUUUCAGAGGAAAAGCGCCGUCCUUCAGGGGAGUUCCCGGAGGGGACGGUGCCCCUUCCUCCUCCCCUGGGAGCACUAGAGGAGAUGAAGGUGUUUCACAGGAACCCUCCACCUCUUCUCCUUCCUCACCUUCAUCACCUUCACCUCCUUCCUCCCCCGUCUCCCCCACCUGCCCAGUGUUCACUCUCUCCUCGCUGCAGGAGCACAGGGAGAGCGAGGACUCGGACGAACCCAUAUAAGCUGGCUUCAGGAGAACAGACUUUUUUACCUUCCUCUCAUUUCCCUCCUCUUCCUCACCCAGAGGAUGGGGAGUCGUGCUCUCCGCAGACUCUCUGCAGGACGACAAGUGAACACAAAGCUCCUGAAAGCUAUAGGAUUUUUUUUUCUACUCUUCACACAGUCUCACUUUUUCACUCUCAGGAUCUCAGGGGCCUUCCUGCGUCUUUUGAACUGCAGACGGACGAAUGCUCAAUAUCUAAACAUAUCUUUAACAUGUUGAAUGUAUCCGUACAGCAUUUAUCAACAUGUCUGUUUAUUGGAUCAAAAAUGAACUGACAGCAAUGUAUUGUAUGAUCAUGAAAUAAUAUAUUGAUGAAGACUUAAUUAAUUAAUUUGACCUGGAGGUCAAUGAGAUAAUGCAUUUUAAAGUUUACUGAUUGAGGUUAAUUUAAAUUAUAACUUACAUGUAUCAGAUA